AUGUGGGGGAGGCUUAUAGGCAGCAGUCGGCUGAUCUAUUAACCUUGCUCUAACGUUACUACUUUAGGUUCCUCUUCAUUAUGAAUAGUCUAAAAUGAACUUUUUCCGAAUCUGAGAGACUGCCACACCGUGCACGCUUCUUCCUCGCGCCGCGCCGCCGCCGCCGCCACGACCACCACCAAUCCACAAUACUCCCCUGGUCUCUCCAUCCAGUCCAAAUCGAAACCGCCCGCCCAAAAAUCACCCAGUUUCUUUGUUUCUGCAGCUUUGUGAGUGUUGCGGGGGAGCAUGACCAUGUCCUUCUCGUGCGCGAGCGUUCGCCUUCACGGCCGCGUUGGCACCGUCAAGUGCCGGGCCGUUCUAGCUAGGCCGAGCGGCUGUUCGUACCCGACUGGAAGGAGGUGGAUUGCUAGAGGGAUCUGUUGCCAGCUGCCGCCGCACAGCGGUGCGGAUGGGAGCGCAGCCACCACCUCCGGCGCAGCAGUCGUGGCCCCAGAGGCGGGGAAGGUUGCUGCUUCCGCCGAGGUCGUCGGCGCGGUUACCCAACCGACUGUGCUUCAAGAGGAUGGCGCCGAGGUUGCUGACGUUAGUGGGUCCGGUGGGAGUGGGAAAUUCCGGCCUGGUGGCGGCGGUGGUGGAGAUGGGGAUAAUGGUGGGGGUGGCGAUGGGGGGGAUGACCACAAUGAGCGGGAUGAUGAGCUUGGGCCGAUCCUUAGCUUCGAACAGGUAGUCCAGGAGGUGGAGAAGCAAGGGGUUAGCUUGUCCAGCUUGCCAGCCGAUAUGAUCGAGGCGGCAAAAAGCAUGGGGAUUCAGAAGCUGCUGCUGCUGAGAUACUUGGACAUGCAGGCCUCAGCUUGGCCCAUGGGUCCUGCCAUUAGAUCCUUUGGGUUUCUCCGGAAUAGGAUGCUGGUUGAUCCUACAUUCCUCUUCAAAAUUGGGACGGAGAUAGUUAUUGACACAUGUUGCGCGACUUUUGCGGAGGUUCAGAAGAGGGGUGAUGAGUUUUGGUCGGAAUUUGAGUUGUAUGCAGCAGAUAUGUUGGUAGGCGUAGUUGUUAAUGUUGCUUUAGUUGGCAUGUUGGCACCAUAUGCUCGAUUCCGUGGGGGGUCCACAUCAGCAGGUCUUCUUGGGCGUGUUAGGCAUGCUUAUGAUGCUCUCCCGAGCAGUGUUUUUGAAGCUGAAAGGCCAGGAUACAGUUUUUCCAUUCAACAACGGCUCGGAUCAUACCUUCUCAAGGGAUUUUUAUAUGGUGCAGUUGGAUUUUCUUGUGGUCUCGUUGGCCAAGGCAUUGCGAACUUGAUAAUGACUGCAAAGCGGAGUGUAAAGAAGUCAGAGAAUGAUGUACCUGUUCCACCUCUUCUAAAAACUUCUGUUUUGUGGGGUGCGUUCCUUGGUGUCUCUUCCAACACCCGUUAUCAGGUAAUUAAUGGGCUUGAGCGCUUGGUUGAGGCUUCGCCUCUUGGCAAGCGUGUCCCGGCUGCUUCUUUGGCAUUCACUGUCAGCGUGCGCUUUGCAAAUAACGUCUAUGGAGGAAUGCAGUUUGUGGAUUGGGCCAGAAUGAGUGGUUGUCAAUGAGGUGCAUUGCAUCCAUGUUUUUCAUGUUACCAUCCUGAUUCUGUUGUAUGUGAUCUGCUGUUUGAUAUAGAAAUGAUAGUUGCCGAAUUUGCUCUCUCGGAGUUAAAGAUUUGAUGCCGAUAUUGGCAACAGCUUGGCUGCAGAAUUCCAAAAAUAAACAUGAAGGUGCUCCGCAGAUUGGUUGGAGUCUUGAUAUGUUAGAUUAUGUUAGGCUGUUAGAAAGUGCUAUCGUAAAUGAAUCAGGAAGAGGCUUGGUAUAACUGUUGAAAUUCAACCAUGUCCAAGUGCUUAGUGAUUUGUAGCUCCAGCAAUCAGAAGAGUUUAAAUGGUCUGUUCCUCUUGUCUAAGAUUUCGUGAUAUUGAUUUGGACUGGGGUAGUUGAAUCAGUUUUAGCA